CCUUACUGCUGUUCAUAAAAUGGGCGCCAGUUAGACUAACUUAAAGGAAGAAACUUAUUACUGGACGUCUGAACGUUAAAUAUAAGAAGGGGCACAGCGUUAAAUAUGGCAAAGUAAACAGGAAAACAGUGUGUGAAGUUCUUAAGGGACGCUAUCUGCGCAGACAGACGUUGUGCAUUUUUUACAUGGUCUUUUCCUUUAAGAUGAUGUAAGCCUAUAUUCCCAGGAUGGCUCCCCUGCACCGUCUAAGCAGCAUCAGCAGAGACGUUUUUACGCGGUACCACCCUGUUCGAAAAGCAGCCGGAGCGUCCGCGCAGCUCCUUCUACAGUCGUGGCCGUUCACCCGCGCGACGGCGUGCACACCUGUCAAUUUCAUUCGUGCUUCAGACCACGAACGGCACAGGCUGCACCCUGAGAAUUGUCACAGAUGGAGGAUAGGUGAAGUCGUAUUAUUAUUUUUUCUCUCGCUUGGGAACAGGUGAAGGAUGUGUCCUACAUAAGCUGGAGAUUUAUUCUUGGUGAGCCGCGUUAAUGGUCUCUCUUUUGAAGUUAUCUCGGACCGCGUUAAAAUAUAUAAUUCACUCGCUCAUCUACUUCAAAGAAGUUGGAAAUUAUCCGCAGGAGAUACAGCGCUCUGUUUUUUAUGGACUGCUGACGCCGUUGUAAACUUGGGUGUUUUUUUUCCCAGAGAAGGGAUAAUGUUAAGAGAAAAGUGUUUUUGAAUUUAUUGUACAGAGGUUCUUAUCGAAAUAGCUCCAGCUCUUGAAGUAUUUGAACCGAACAAACACUGGACUGAAAUUUGACGUUUUCUAGCAACCUACAGUAAGUUGAUAUCUGGCUGCAGAGUACUGUCAUAUAUCUACGAUAUUUUUACUCGCUAUUUUAAUAGUGAAAUCGAUGCAGGGCAGUCGAACUGUGUUUGUACGGAUAUAUGCAUUUUAUACAUCCACAUAUUUUCACACAUCCAUGCAUGAACACAUUCUGAAAUAACCCACACAUGUAUAUUUAUCAACUCUGCAGCUGUCGUUUUCAUAGAUAAAAUAAGGGUUUUCAUUUUGUACAACUAAUCGCGUCUAAAAGUCGGUUUUAUUUGCGGGUAGCUGGAUGUUUUUCCCCCUUUAUGUAUUACAGUAAUGUUUAUAAGUGGAUUCUUUCACAGUCGCGUUUCGUUUCCUCUGACAUAGCCUAUCCGUGACAAUUUAUAUCGUUUACAGAAAAUAAAGCGCUAGAGGGGAGGGGAAAAAAACAACAACUUUUGGGCCCAAAUCAAGAUUUCUGUGCAUACCACGGCUCGAGGAUUUGUGUAUGCAUGACUGAAACGAUGGCACUGAGUGGGAACUGCAGGACUUACCCGCCGACCAAAGAGCAAGGGUCUGUACAGAAUUCUUUCCCCGACGUUAUAGAAUUAAAUGUAGGGGGUCAAGUUUAUUACACGCGCCACGCCACCCUAAUUAGCACCCCGAAUUCCCUGCUGGGAAGAAUAUUCUCCCCUAAAAAGGAUGCCACUAAUGACCUGGCGCGGGACCCCAAGGGACGAUACUUUAUCGACAGGGACGGGUUUUUAUUUCGCUACGUACUGGACUACCUCAGAGACAAGCAGGUCGUGCUGCCCGACCACUUCCCAGAGAAAGGGAGGCUAAAAAAAGAAGCGGAAUACUUCCAACUGCCGGAAUUGGUCAAAAUUUUAACUCCGGAGGACUUGAAACAAAGUCCGGACGACUAUUACCACAGUGAUUUCGACGACGCUUCCCAGGGCAGCGAUCAGCGGAUGUGCCCGCCGUCGUCAUUAGUGCCAGCGAGCAGGAAGUAUGGGUUCAUCACGGUCGGGUACCGGGGCUCGUGCACCAUGGGCAGAGAGAGUCAGACCGACGCAAAAUUUCGAAGGGUACCCAGAAUUUUGAUUUGCGGAAGGAUUGCCCUCGCGAAAGAAGUUUUCGGGGAGACCUUGAACGAGAGCCGAGAUCCGGACAGGACACCCGAGAGAUACACGUCCCGGUUCUACCUCAAGUUCAAACACCUGGAGAGAGCUUUUGACAUGCUGUCGGAGUGUGGAUUCCAGAUGGUUGCCUGCAACUCGUCGGUCACCGCGUCCUUCGUCAAUCAAUACACAGAGGACAAGAUCUGGUCCAGCUACACGGAAUACGUCUUCUACCGCGGCCCGUCCAGGUGGUCGUCGCCGCACUGCGACUGCUGCUGCACGAACCACAAGGGCGACCGGGAGGCGGUGAGUGGCAACUCCUUCAGCGAGCUCUCCACCUCCAGCUCGGAGAGCCAAUCGGAGGCCAGCUCUCCGCAGGGCACGGUGAUCUGCGGGCCGGUGAGCCGGCAGGCCAACAUCCAGACGCUGGACCGGCCGCCCAAGAAGGGCCCCGUGCAGAUGCUGCAGCAGUCGGAGCAGCGGCGCAAGAGCGACCUGCUGCGCACGCUGACGGCCGGCUCCCGCGACACCAGCACCUGCAAGAAGCGGCCCGUCAAGGAGAAGAUGACCAUCGAGGAGGAGCUGGAGAAGUGCAUCCAGGACUUCCGCAAGAUCAAGAUCCCCGAGCACUUCCCCGAGAGGAAGUAUGUGUGGCAGUCGGACCUCCUCCGGAAGUACCGCCUCUGAGCCGCGGUCGACUCCGCCCCCCCCUUGCCCCCCCCCCCCCCCUUGCCCCGGAUUUCCCCCUCCCCUUCGCCCUACCCCAAUACCAACCCCAACACCCAAACAACGAUGAGACAAACGAUUAAUGGGGGAAAAAAAAAGAACGAUAAUAAUAACAACAAGAACAAAAACAAAAACAAACAAUCAGGAGCGUAAACACUUGUGCGUUCAGCUGUGGUUGUUUUUCUGCAUUCCACGUUCUCGCGGUCUUCGGCUUGCUUUCCUAGCGAUCAUUUCUCUGUGGAUGGCACAGUUCUAAAAAAAAAAAAAGCAAAAAACAAAAAAAACAACAAACAAAAAAAAAAAUGCUUUUUUUUGUUCACUAUGAAAAUUACUCUCACAGGGUAUCUUGUUCCACAUGAUGAAAGCACAAUUUUUUGUCUUUUUGUUUUUUUU